UUUAACGCACACACUAAACUGUCUCCAGGAGUCGCUCGGUUACACAUCACAUCUAUUUUUCCGGGACAAGUAGAUGCGAGUCGUGUGCACAUAUUGACAAAUGAGAAUAUUCGGAACAAAAGCCUUGUGAGACAAGCUGAUUGAUUUUUUUGUUUUGUUUUGUGGGUGGAUAACAGUUUGUUGGCCAAACGGUCCGCUGGGAAAACGAGAGUUGCCAUGGAAACUAUUUUGCUCUUCCUCUCUUCACUCCUGGUUUGCGUAGCUGCUGUGGCAGACCCCGGUGCACAGGAUGUCAAGGAGAAAGAUGAAAACCCAUUCAUUUAUGACUAUGAGAGUCUCAGGAUCGGGGGAUUGGCAUUUGCCGUGGUGCUGUUCACACUGGGCAUUCUCCUCAUCCUCAGCCGGCGGUGCCGCUGCAGCAUCAACCAGAAGCCCAGGGCCCCUGGAGAUGAGGAGGCACAGGAGCAGAACCUGAUUGUCUCCAAGGCUGCAGCGGCUGCCAAAGAGACUCCGGCAGAGAACUGAAGCACCGCCACGGGACCAGACUGCCUUCUGAAAAUGACGAUCAGUUUUAUUUGAUAUUAAGCUACUAAAAACAGUGGUGAUUAUUACAACUGGUUAUAUGACAGGGUAAGAGGGGAGGCAUAUGUUUAGAGGUGUAAUAUAUAUACAUACGUUCAUCUUGUGCCCUAAAGACAAAGAUUAAGCCUGUUGUGCUCUGUCGUGACCGUGCCAGUCCCUCAGUUCUCUUGUCCGUCCCUGUGCCUUUAUGUGACAGUCCAGUUCUUUGUCUUAGCCCGUAGCACCUUCGACUUAAGAUUGUCCUUUAAACCCUUCAAGAAUUUUGAAUGUUGUAUGGUCGCUGUACUUUGUUCUGUAAAUCCAUUGCCUUUUAGGUUUUGGCAUUUGGCAAUUUGCUUUUCAUUAAUACUUUGUCAAUUUUGUCAGUUGUCCCGGCUGAUGUGUGUCACAUUUAUAUAACAACUUAUAUCCAUAUAUACAGUACACAUAUAUAAGUAUACAGUAUAUAUAAGUACAGAUCAUUUAUGAAUAAGGUAUACAGAUAAAUGUUGUGCAUGUGUUUCUCUACAUGUAAAUGUGAUGAGCCUUAUAUGAGACAAUCUCAACUCCCACCGCUCUCGGACUGGGCACAGGAAUGGUUUUUCAAAAUCUGCAUGAGCUCUUCCACUGCAGUGUUUUGUCGGCUCUCGUAGAGGAAGCUCCUGCAUCAGCUGUCUCACUGCCGUCUUCUCCACACCUCCACUGCGCCACUGGCUCCGCUAGGAUUAACUUUAGUCUCCAGCAAACUAUGAUUAGUUUCCCAAUACACAGUCACUAGUGCCACAAAUCUGUGAAGCCAGGGUCUGUUUGUUUUAUGUGUGUAUCAAGUUGCUAAGUGAGUCUCUCUAAUGUCAUGAUGCUUUGAACCAUCACAUGUACAGUACAGAGAGAGGUGAAAAAAACAUUUUACUGUUUAUGUGACUUCAUUAGUAGUUGCCUAAUGUAAGACAAAUCACAGUGAGAGAACAAAUGAAUGGUCUCCUGUCAAGUCGGGCUUUCACCAAUCUUAGUUGUGAGCAUACUUGUUUUGAAGACGACUGCUGUACAAGUACAUGCUAUGUUCAUUCACACACGUGCCGAAUUGUUGUGUAGCAAAUCGUUGUUCUUUUGGCAUAAAUAAAUGAAAGUAUGUCUGAACAUACAAAAGAAAAGUA